UUCUUAUGGCUGAGCAGGGUGUUGCGGUCACUCUCUUCCCGGCAGCUGAGGAAGACGACCUCACGGCAUGCCUGUAUCCACGUCCUACCAGGCUACCAGCCGGUAUUUGCUUAUAUACUGUUGGUUUGCAGUUAUCACCUAUGCAUGCCAGUCAAAGAACACUAGCAUGGCAUCCGGUGCUUCACGAACUGUCAGGUUUCAGAAGGACGCCGACGUGCAGCACUUGAGGACGAGCCCUAGUUUGGAGAGCCUAGCACAACAAACGGGAAAGACGCGCAGGAAAUCCCAUGAUCCACGGAGCUGGUUUCGGCAGGGAGGAUCUGCUGCCUCUCCUGAUCAGAAACAGCGCAAGGAGAGGCCGCUGUCGCGGGCGUUCUCGGAGGAGUUCGAGUCGCUGGUGCACGGCGGCGAGCAGCAGAACCUCUUGUACUUCUUCUUGGACCCUCGCGGGGAGGUGAUCCACCUGUGGCACAAGGUGUUCCUGGCGGCGUGCCUGGCGUCGCUGUUCGUGGACCCGCUGUUCCUGUACCUGACGGGCACGCGGCGUGACCUGUGCGUGGAGUUCUCCUACUCCCUGGCGCUCACGCUGUCCAUGAUCCGGUCGCUGCUGGACGUGUUCUACGCCGUCAACAUCCUGUUCCGGUUCCGCACGGCCUUCAUCGCGCCGUCGUCGCGGGUGUUCGGGAGAGGGGAGCUGGUGAUCAGCCCAUACCAGAUCGCCAGGAGGUACCUCGCCUGGGCCUUCUGGUUCGACCUCUUCGCGGCGCUGCCUCUGCCGCAGCUGGUGGUGUGGUCCGUGGUGCCGAGGCUGAGGGAGUACUCCGCGACGGCCAGCAGGAAGAACGUCCUCCGCUUCAGCAUCAUCUUCCAGUACCUGCCGCGGCUGCUCCAGAUCUUCCCGCUCACGAGGCGGAUCGUCAUGGCGACGGGGGUGAUGACGGAGAACGCCUGGGCCGGAGCCGCCUACAACCUCAUACUCUACAUGCUCGCCAGCCACGUGCUCGGCGCGCUCUGGUACCUUUUCUCGGUGCAGAGGCAGGAGGCGUGCUGGAUGGAGGCGUGCCGCCUGGAGGCCCCGGCGUGCCAGCCUCGCUUCUUCGACUGCCGAACCGUGAGCAGCAGCAGCAACAGGACCAUCUGGUACGCGCUCACCAACAUCACCACCCUCUGCGCUCCCAGCAACAGUGGCUUCUACCCGUUCGGGAUCUACGCCGAGGCGUUCGAAGCCAAGCUCACCACCGCCUCCUUCACGCACAAGUACUUCUACUGCUUCUGGUGGGGGCUCAAGAACCUCAGCUGCCUAGGCCAGAACCUCUCCACCAGCCUGUCCAUCGGUGAGAUCAGCUUCGCCAUCGUCAUCGGCGUCCUCGGCCUUGUGCUCUUCGCGUUGCUCAUCGGAAACAUGCAGUCCUACCUCCAGGCCACGAUGGUCCGGCUGGAGGAGUGGCGGACGAAGCGGACGGACAUGGAGCGGUGGAUGCAGCACCGGCAGAUCCCGCGGCCGCUCAAGGAGUGCGUGAGGAGAUACCACCAGUACAAGUGGGUGGCCACCCGCGGCGUCGACGAGGAGGCUCUGCUGGAGGAUCUCCCCAUGGACAUCCGCCGUGACAUCAAGCGGCACCUCUGCCUGGACCUGGUUCGAAGGGUGCCGCUGUUCGACGAGAUGGACGAGCGGAUGCUGGAGGCCAUCUGCGAGCGGCUGCGGCCGGCGCUCUACACGCGGGGCACGCGGUUGGUGCGGGAGCUGGACCCCGUCGACUCCAUGCUCUUCAUCAUCAGGGGCCACCUCGACUCCAACACCACGCAGGGCGGGAGGUCCGGGUUCUUUAACUCGUGCCGGAUCGGAGCGGGGGAGUUCUGCGGGGAGGAGCUGCUGACGUGGGCGCUGGACCCGCGCCCCGCCGAGGCGCUGCCGAGGUCCACGCGCACCGUGCGCGCCGUGUCCGAGGUCGAGGCGUUCGCGCUCGUCGCCGACGACCUCCGGUUCGUGGCCUCCCAGUUCCGGCGCCUACACAGCGCGCGCAUCCGCCACAGGUUUCGGUUCUACUCCCACCAGUGGCGCACCUGGGCCGCAUGCUUCAUACAGGCCGCGUGGCGACGGCACAAGCGGCGACGCGCGUCGAUGGAGCUCAGGAUACGCGAGGACGGCAGCGAGGCGUGGCCGGGAGGAAGCGUCAGGCGCCGUCGCUACAGUUGCGACGGCAAGUUGCUCAGGAAACCCAUAGAGCCGGACUUCGCGGUGGAAGAAGAAGACUGA